AUGGCAAGUCAACAGCGUCAGCAGCCUUUCUUCAGGACAACUGCAAACUCCUCCACAAAUUCUGGGACUUAUUUCUUAAAUUAUAACACAAACACGAAUAAAAAUGGAAACCAAGGAAACCAGUUGCAGCAAAGUGCGCCAGCUUCUCGUACAAACUUUUUCGCACCAAACAGUACGGUCUCAAGACAAAAGGAUAAAGGUAUAGUUCACAAUCAAUAGCUAUAUAAAUAUAUUAUAUAGCAUACAACAAACUAUAUAAAAAUAUACUAUAUAGCAUACAACAAACAGGCCAUGUUGUCACUUAAAGAUAUACAAACACGAGCCGAAGUCGAGUAGUUGUAAUAUAUCUUAUAAAAGAUGGACGCGAAUGCUGCAUAUAGGCCGUGGGCUGUUGGCCAAAAUUAUUUCGCUUCGUGGCACCCAUGUUGGUUUGGGGUUUAUUUGAAAGGCAUAUAGGUAGAUCACUACCAAAAAAAGUUCCCAAGCAAAAAAGUUGCCCAAUCCCGACAAAAUGAGUGAUCAAUGAUUAUCCUCUAUUAAAUUGUAUUACAGCAAAAAAAUGGGAAAUUCUGUAUACAAUUACAAUAAAAAUGACUUCCAUCAUCGGAAAACGUACAAAAAAACGCAUAUAAGACUUUUAAACAGUUUUUUGAUUUUUCAAAUAGUCUUGGAGUUAUUGCUGUUUUAAAUGCGAAAAUUGCACCAAAAUGUCGCAAUAAGGACUGGGUACUAGGUCAAAAACGCGUUUUUGACAGCGUAUAACUCGAAAACAAUUUUAGAUAUAAAAAAACUGUUUAAAUGUCUUAUAUGUAGGUUUUUGUAAGCUUUCUUAUAAUGCAAGUGCACUUUUGUUGUAAUUGAAUACAAAAUUUUACAUUUUCUUGCAGUAAUACAAUUUAAUAGAGGAUAAUCACUGAUCACCCAUUUUCUCGGUGUUGGGCAAGUUUUUUGCUUGGUAACUUUUUCGGUGGUAAUUAAGCAUGUAUGGUUCUAUGAAUUGAACCGCAGAAAAUCUAUUUCCCAGGAGGGUGCCACGAAAUUGCUUUUCUAGGCACUUUUUCGGCACAACAGCCCACAGCCUAAUAGCAGGGCGUUUAUAAGAAUAUAGACGCCUUAAUAAUAGUGAGACGCCUUAAUAAUGGGUUGUAUAAAUGUAGCUUGUGAUCUGUCUUCAUGAAAACUUUGUAUUCUUCAAUAACUAUGUUAAAAUUGAAUGAUAUCUGGUGAGAAAAAUGAACUCAAAAUUUAUGUAAAUCAGCAAGAUUUUGUAACAGAUAAACAAGCUCCUUCACACCAAUGAUUUCUUUUGUGUUUCGCUCAUGAGAAAUGAAAAUGAGAAAUAGAAGAGAAUAAGAAAUAUAAAAAAACAACAAUAAACUACGAAAUUCAAAAUUUCUUGUAGGAAAAUACUACAUAUAUAAAAGUCAUUAAAAACAUCUUGUGAACAUUUCCUUAGAGUUAGAAAGGGAGACGAGCCAGACAACAGAAAGACUAUCUGCACUCCACAACAAAUUACAUCAAGAAGCGGAGAAAAUACGAAAAUGGAAAACAAAAACCGACCUUGAACUAAACGAUAAGGUAGCGUUUCAGAGUUUUUGGGGGGAAACUAUAUCAAAUUCAUCAUUUUCUUAUAAUAUUGUAAAGGGAUUUAACUGGGAAUCCACGAAUCUUCUAUUUUCAGACAAAAAAGCUUCAAGAUGCUAAUCAGACAAUAGACUGUCAGAAAAAAUCUAUUUUGGAACUACAGGUAGUAUAUAUAGCCAUAAUCAUAGAGUUAAAAUCUGGAUUUUCUGAAUCAAAAUUUGCACCAAUUAUACUCCAAAUGAACUCGCUAAAAUGGUGUGAUUACUGCGAUCUAUGUUGGUAAUGGUUUUGUGAAAAAUAUACCUGCCAUUCCUGAAGAGUAAACCUAGCAUUCUUAUAUAUAGUUCUCUUAUUUACAGGGCUCAAAAUAACGGGAAGAUAUAUAGGUCUCCGGUCAAAACUUAGGUCUCCGGUCAACUUGAUUUUAGCUCGGUCAAAAUCUGUUUUUGACCGGUCAUUGAUACGCUUACACUAACAGUGAAACAAACUAUAGUAGAAACUAGUUGUUUCGAUCAUAGUUUCAUGUUUUAAUUCAAAACGUCAGCAAUCACAUUGGAAGACAUGAAAAUGUGGCCGGUCAAAAUGACCGGUGAGGUAAAAAAGUGACCGGUCAAGAGGCAUUUUUGGCCGGUCAUUGUCCGUUGACCGGCCGUUAUUUUGAGCCCUCUGAUUUAUACACAAAGGAAUAGAGGAGAUACUUCGUUUCGACGAAUGAACUAUUUCUCUGCGCUAUUCUCUCAAAUGGAUCACCGUUUGUUGUAUAAACUGACUGCUUUCGACAAGUACAAAUCAUUUUCACUUAUACUAUAGUGUAAACUUCGUUCUCAUCUAGUUCCAAAAUGAAAAGCUCAGUUCAAAACUACAAGAAGAGAUAGCAGGUCAAAUUGAACUGGAACAGAA